UUUAAUGUUUUCACUUCUCAGAUGCUCUUCAGGAUCUGUUGGGACUUUAAUGGAGCGUGAAAUAUUUGCAGUAAGUGCGAAGUUUGGAGCGGCAGAGUGAGUGAAAGCAUGGCUGAUAGGCAGGGAGCUGCAACUGAGUGUUAGACCCCUCCGUCCAGGGACACAGCCAAGAGAUGACCACAGUGUCCAUGGAGCCUAUGGCAGUGCUGGUGGAGAGGGUCCCCAAUGCCACGGACGCUCCCCUGGACUUGCCACCCUCCCACGAGGACACGGCCGCCACCUUCACCAUCGGCACCAUCCUCUCCAUCAUGUGCGUGGUCGGAGUUUCUGGGAACAUCUACACCCUAGUGGUCAUGUGCCACUCCAUGAGAGCUGCAGCCUCCAUGUACAUCUACAUCAUAAACUUAGCUUUGGCAGACCUGUUGUAUCUGCUCACCAUCCCAUUUGUGGUCUGCACGCACUUCCUCAAGGGUUGGUACUUUGGGGACGUAGGGUGUCGGAUUCUGAUCAGCAUGGACUUCCUGACCAUGCAUGCUAGUAUCUUCACGCUGACGAUCAUGAGCACAGAGCGGUACUUUGCAGUGCUCAAGCCACUUGACACCGUCAAGCGGUCGAAAAGCUAUCGCAAGGCCAUCGCUCUGCUGGUCUGGGCUGCUUCUCUUAUCCUCACCCUACCGAUGAUUGUGAGCAUUCAGCUAAUGACGAUGGGCAACAAGGCCAUGUGUCUGCCCACCCUGUCACCACUCUCUUACAAGGUUUACAUCUCCUUCCUGUUUUGCACCAGUAUUGUAGCUCCAGGCCUGAUCAUUGGCUAUCUCUACAUCCGGCUUGCACGCACUUAUUGGAUCUCGCAGACAGAGACCUUCAAGCAGACCAAGAAACUUCCCAACCAGAAGGUGUUGUACCUGAUUUUCACCAUCGUGCUGCUGUUCUGGGCCUGCUUCCUGCCCUUUUGGAUCUGGCAGCUGCUGGGUCAGUUCCACCCCUCGCUGCCCCUUUCCAUCAAAGCCAAACGCAACAUCAACUACCUGACCACGUGUCUGACCUACUCCAACAGCUGCAUCAACCCUUUCCUCUACACGCUGCUCACCAAAAACUAUAAGGAGUACCUGAGGAAGCGCCAGCGGACCUGGACGGCUGGCAGCUACUUCAAUAGGAGGAACCGCUUUCAACGCUCGCCACGCCGGUCUCCGUCAUCCAGCAGCCAGCAGUGCACCGAGAGCUUUGUGCUCACGCACACGGCCUCCGUGCGCACACACAACAGCAGUUUGUGAGAUAUUGAGGAGCUGUGCUGCCUGAGGAAGAAGGGGACGAGGAAGAAGAGAGGAGGAAACUGAUGAAGACGACACAAACAAUAGCAGACCCUGAACUUUAAAUCGCAGAUACCUAGGAAGACGACAAAGGAGGAGAUGCAAGCUUUUCUUUUUCUUUUUCUUUUUUUUUUUUUUGUUUUUUUAACCUUUGCAAAAGUUCACAUCAUCAACCACAGUGGGUGGGGACUUCACAACAGUACUUUGAAGCCUUGAAUGAGCACAAACAGGAGCCCAAUAAGGAGUUGGCUGCCUCUGUUUGAGAUCGUGUACAGUAUAAACACUCACCACAUUCACUUCUGACUCUGUUUGUUGCUCCCACAUCAUCUUGUUGUAUGAGGCAAAGACUGGACUCUAAUACAACAGAUAUUUUUCAAUCUUUAUGCUUUCACUUUGUUUGCCCUCUAUCUCUCCCCUACUCUAUUUGUGUGUGUGUGUGUGCGUGCGUGUGUGUGUUUGUGUGUGCGCGUGUGCAUGUUAAAAUGUCUCUAAAACUGUCAUUCGCUUGUGAUUAAGGGCAGUUAUCUGCACAGUGACAGUGGGAGAGUAAUGCUGUUGACGCACAACUGAGAUAAGGGAAACAUUAUCAAGCCACCGGCCGUUUGGUUUACAGAAAGAUCACCUCU